AUGGUCAGACCGACAUCCUCUUUGCGGUUCAUAGCCGGUCAAGCCCUUCGAGCAGAAAGAGCAAAGAGACAACCUAUGCCCGAGAAUUUCGUCGAAGCCACUGGAAAUCAAUCGAGACCUAAGAAUGUAUUACUUCACGAUAUACCCCGUACGGCUUUACCUAGUGAUAUAACAAGGGCGUUGAGGGAUGUAGGUGCAUUUGAUGAGAGUUUUUCAGUCUCUGCGAUAACUUCCCUUCCACCUUCUUUACCCAAAUCACCCUCUUUGUACCGUACAUACCACCUAACCCUUCCAUCUUCUAAAAAAGCCAAUCAGAUAUCUACCAUCCUCUCCACAAAGCCCAUAUUCACUCUCGAUCGUAAAGGUCAAGCUCAACUUACUCACAUCACCUCCGACGAAUGGACCAACACCCUCGUCCAGCGGACAUUAAACGAUAGGACAACGUAUGAACAGCAGCGAGAUAGGUUCGAAAAGACUUUCACGGCUGAUUGGUGUAAUAAAUCUGGACUCAGCGGUAGGAGAGUGAUCAUAAAGGGUUUACCUCCUUCGGUCAGGUCGGAGGACAUCAAAAAGUUGGGCAAGGAUUGCGGGGUUUUGGAUGAGGUUGAUGGAUGUACGAAAUUACCUUCGAGCCGUUCAAGUAUCGUCUCGACAUAUUGUCUAACUACCAAUACAGUCAACGACGCUCAUAGACUAGCGAGGAAAUUGCAUAUGAAAUGGUACAAGGUCGAUAUACACGGUCAAAAAUGGUUGAUGCGUGCUCAUGUACAUUAUUGA